AUGGCAAACGCCCAACACCACACCAAAACCACCAAGGGUGGGUGGCAUGCAGCCAUAUUCAUCAUCAUUAUGGAAGCUGCUGACCGAUUUGCCUACCAAGGCCUAGCUUCAAAUUUGAUCACAUACUUCACAAAUGUGCUUCACCAGCCCAUAUCCGUAGCCACGAAGAACGUUAACACUUGGGUUGGUGUUUCUGCUCUCAUCCCUUUGCUGGGUGGCUUCAUAGCUGAUUCUUAUCUUGGUCGCUUCAAGACCAUCAUCUUUUCCUCCCUCAUCUACAUAGUGGGCAUGGUUUUCUUGACACUAUCAGCCUCGGUGAUGAAGCAUAAGAAGCUCUUCUUCAUUUCUCUUUAUGUGGUGUCCAUCGGUGACGGCGGCCACAAGCCGUGCGUCCAAACCUUUGCCGCCGAUCAGUUCGACGACAACACAGCGGAGGAGAGGGAUGUCAAAAGCUCAUUCUUCAACUUGUGGUAUUUGGCCAUUGUGUUUGGCUCGACUUUGGCUGUGUUCGUUGCAAUAUAUGUGCAGGACAAUGUUGGGUGGGGUGUGGGCCUAGGAGUACUUGGAGGAGUGUUGGUAAUAGCACUGGCAUUGUUCUUGCUUGGAAUUAAAAGGUAUAGGAAGGAAAGCCCAAAAGGGAGCCCAUUCACAAGUAUUGCACACGUUUUUGUUGCUGCAUUUCGCAAGUGGCGCGUAAAGGGCACGCGUGACCAUGAGAAUUAUUGGUAUGGCCAUGACGAUGGUGGCCCCCUCCAACCCAAAGAUCAAUCCAAACUCGGCACUUUGGUCCACACUGAUGAUUACAGAUUUUUGGACAAGGCAAUGAUCAUCGACGAACGCGAUGCUACAAGCAAAAGCAAAGACACUUGGAGGCUAUGCUCGGUGACUCAAGUUGAAGAAGUGAAGCUAGUUCUUCGCCUCAUUCCCAUAUGGCUAAGUUGUUUAAUGUUCACUGCUAUCCAAAGUCAAUUAGGCACAUAUUCCGUUAAGCAAGGUGCCACAAUGGUGCGUUCAAUAGGACCCCACUUCCAAAUUCCCCCAGCAUCACUCCAAGGUUUUGUUGGGAUCAUGAUCUUUUGUGCUAUGCCAAUCUAUGAUCGUGUGUUUGUUCCAAUUGCUAGGAACAUAACAGGGCACCCCUCUGGCAUAACAAUGUUGCAAAGAAUUGGAACGGGUCUAGCAUUGUCCAUUCUCAACAUGGUUGUCUCAGCAAUUGUGGAGGCCAAAAGGGUUAAUGUGGCUAGAAAACAUGGUCUUUUGGACUAUCCCAAUGUGGUGAUACCAAUGAGCAUUUGGUGGAUGCUACCACAAUAUAUUAUUUUUGGUGUAUCCGAUGCAUUCACUAUUGUUGGACUCCAAGAAUUGUUCUAUGAUCAAAUGCCGGAGACAAUGAGAGGCUUAGGUGCUGGAGCAUAUUUAAGUGUAGUGGGAGUUGGACACUUCGUUAGCAACAUUAUUAUAAAUGCUGUGGAGGGAAUCACUUCAAAAGCUGGUGGGAAGUGGUUAGGGGACAAUAUCAAUAGGGCACACAUUAAUUACUUUUAUUGGGUUAUGGCUGGGUUAAGUGCCUUGAAUUUGUGUGUUUACGUGUGGAUCGCCAAGCGUUUUAUGUACAAAAAGCUGCAUGUGGCUGAAACAAGUGCGGAGGAGGAUAACAUCUAG